UGACGCGCGGCGGAGGGCGAUGACGCGGACGGGCCAUGGGGCAGGCGCUGUGCGUCUGCUCCCGCGGCACCGUCAGCCUGGGGGGAGCGCGGUACCUCCUGCUCCACCGCCUGGCAGAGGGGGGCUUCAGCUAUGUGGACCUGGUGGAGGGGCUGCGGGAUGGGCGUUUCUACGCCCUGAAGCGCAUCCUGUGCCACGACAAGGAAGACCGCCAGGCCGCCCUGCACGAGGUGGAGAUGCACGGCCUCUUCGACCACCCCAACAUCCUGCGCCUGGUGGCCCACUGCAUGGUGGAGAAGGGCGCCAAGCAUGAAGCCUGGCUUCUCCUGCCCUAUGUGAAGGGGGGAACCCUCUGGAGAGAGGUGGAAGCACUGCGAGAGAAAGGGACCUUCAUGCCAGAGCAGCGGAUCCUGCUCAUCCUCCGUGGGAUCUGCCGUGGGCUGCAAGCCAUCCACAGCAAGGGCUAUGCACACAGGGACCUCAAGCCCACCAAUGUGCUGCUGGAUGAGGAUGACCAGCCCGUGCUGAUGGACCUGGGCUCCAUGAACCAAGCUCGCAUCGAAGUCAACAGCUCUCGGGAGGCAAUGGCUGUGCAGGACUGGGCUGCCCAGCGCUGCACCAUCUCCUACCGUGCCCCCGAGCUCUUCACAGUGCCGAGCCAGUGCAUCAUAGAUGAGCGUACGGAUAUCUGGUCCCUAGGCUGUGUGCUGUACUGCAUGAUGUUUGGAGAGGGCCCCUAUGAUGCCAUCUUCCAGAAGGGUGACAGUGUGGCUCUAGCAGUUCAGAACCCCCUCACGUUGCCCUCCACAACCAGGUACUCGGCUGCCUUGCAACGCCUGCUCUUCUCCAUGAUGACAGUGAACCCCCAGGAGAGACCCAGCAUAAAUGAAAUCCUCCACCAGCUGGAGGGGCUGCAGCCAGCACCAGCAGGACAAGACACCACACAGAUCUGAGCCCAUCCCUUUCCAGUGGAGGCACGGCCUGAGGCUGAGCCAGGGGAAAAGCAGCUGCCCUAAUCCCUGCUGUCCUGCAGACCUGUUGCAGAGGGGAUUGGCGUCCUGAGGGAGAGGUGCUGCUCUGUGCUGGAAGUGUGUUGGAUUUGGAGUGUUCUGUGCCCUGGAUGCUGCUGCUGGGCCUUGGUCUGUGCCCCUGAACUGUGGAUUUGUGAUCUGCUGCUAAACAUGGGUCCCUUACCAGCUGCUACCUUCCCUGGGGGUGGCAGAAGAGGAUGCUGUGGGACCCUUCCUGGGGAUGGGAGCUGCUGUCCUGCAGCUCUGUGCCCCAGGAAGGUUGCUCCUGCCCCGGGCAGAGCUGCGGGCCGGAUCCCGGUGCUGUGCUGGAGGGAGGCAGAGGGGGUGCCCAUUCUGCCACUGCUCUUGGCACCGAUGUUGCCUUGUGUUUGAAGUAAAGUAUGUUCUUGCGGA